CCGAGUCCACCAUUAAACUAGUCGUCGUCUCCCUCUUGUUGUUUCCCUCCUCUGCUUCGGUUACGUCGAACCUUCAUAAAGCCUCCCUCCCCUCGCCCCCAUCUGCCGUGAUCAACCACGAAACGCAUAAGACGAGCCCCCGCCAGGCGCCGGCCCAGGAGACGAGGAGAGAGGCAGAGCGGUCGCCGAAGACAGGGGGGAUAGAUGAAGCCCAAGAACGGAGCCGCCGCCUCGGAGAGGAGGCUGCUGUCGCGGCGGAUACUGCUCCUCUGCUUCGCCAGCUUCUUCCUCGGCAUGCUCGUCACCGACCGGUUUGGAUCGGUGCCGAGCCCGAUCGUGGUGCCGCGAAGGCUGCACGAAAGGGAGCUGCAGAGCCUAUCCCAGGAGUUUGUUGCCAGGCCGAAACCAGCUGACGACAGGGACAUUAUGGGGGAGGUGUCAAAGACUCAUGAGGCCAUACAAUAUUUGGAGAAGUCAAUUGACACACUGCAGAUGGAGCUGGCAGCAAAGCGCAGUAGCAAUGAGCUACAUGGGGAAAGUGCAGGUGGCAUAAGUAAGCAGAGGAAAAGAGCUUUUGUUGUGAUCGGGAUCAACACAGCCUUCAGUAGCAGGAAGCGUCGGGAUUCUGUGAGGGAGACCUGGAUGCCUCAAGGUGAGAAACUCAAGAAACUGGAAGAGGAAAAGGGAAUCAUCAUCCGAUUUACAAUAGGACAUAGUGCUACAUCAAACAAUGUCCUUGAUAAGGCUAUAGAUGCGGAGGAUGAAAUUCAUCACGACUUUCUUAGGCUGGACCAUGUUGAAGGGUAUCACAAGCUAUCUGCAAAGACAAAGAUAUUCUUCUCCACUGCUGUGGCCUUAUGGGAUGCAGACUUCUAUGUCAAGGUGGAUGACGAUGUUCACCUAAACCUAGGAAUGCUUGUCGCAACCCUAGGUCGACAUAAACUGAAGCCACGUGUCUACAUUGGUUGUAUGAAGUCAGGACCAGUCCUUUCCGACAAAAAUGCAAAAUACCACGAGCCUGAGUUCUGGAAGUUUGGGGAAGACGGGAACAAGUACUUUCGCCAUGCCACCGGACAGAUAUAUGCCAUCUCCAAGGAUCUUGCCACAUACAUCUCAAUCAACCAGCCUAUAUUGCACAAAUAUGCGAAUGAAGAUGUAUCGCUCGGUGCAUGGUUUAUCGGGCUCGAUGUUGAGCACAUCGACGACAGGGACAUGUGUUGUGGCACACCACCAGACUGCGAGUGGAAAGCGCAAGCAGGGAACGUCUGUGUCGCAUCGUUCGACUGGAAAUGCAGUGGAGUCUGCAAUCCAGUUGAGAGGCUAAAAUACGUGCACUCGAGAUGCAGUGAAGGUGAGGAUGCCAUUUGGAGCGCCUCAUUCUGACCGGGUGCUGAUAAGGGUUCACAGGCUGAAGAUAGUACGAUCACGAGGCUCCAUUGAUUCAGGUAUAUACAAACACUGCGACACAGGCCGUGCAGAUGGUAGCUCCCGCGUGUUCCCUGGAAGACUCCUUUGUCUGGUAAAGGAAAUUAAGAGAAGAGAAUCAUGCAUGUUUGAUCAUGGAAGAAACUACAGGGAUACAUGAGUUUUUUUUCUUUUCUUUUUUGGUUGAGAAAUAGGUGUUACAGCUCAUGUGCUGAUGUGGGUAUACAUGUUUUUCAGUCAGUGCAGAAACACGAUUACAUUCGAUUAGUUCAUUUGUCUCGUUUGAGAA